GUCGGUGGCUCUGCCCCACUAUGGGGGUUUGCAUGUGCAAAAUGACACCUGUGCAGCUCUAUGUCUGCAUAAAUGUGUGUGUGUUGUGAACACGUGUACUUAGAGCGUAGAACGUGAAGGUGUGUUCUGGGUGCUCAGCACCACACGUCAUUACAUGCAUGCAGCAAGUCAUGUGGUCAUAUGCUGUCCAUGUGUGAUGUCACAUAUGCACAAUAAAUGUACAUUCAUGUGUACUACAUGAUUAACCCUGAGCUUUUGAGUGUGUGACACAAUACAUGUACACUAAAGCAUGUACACAACAAUGCACAUCUGUGUCCUUAGCAUGCAGUUCCCGUGUUGGCGCCACAUGUGUCACCACUGCACAUACAUGCCCAUAGCAUGCGCCUGAUGUCAGUACCAUGUGUGUGCCCCACUAAAAAUGUGUGUCCUCAUAGUGUGCCCCAUGUCAGUGAGUGUCACUGUGUCCCCAAAGGUCCCUGCUGCUGUCCCCAGUGGGGAUGGCAGAGGAAAGCGCAGUGGGGACAGAGUGUGGUACCCAAAGCAUGUGGUGACAGCUGGCUGGAUGUGUUGGGGAUGGCAUGUGACAUCCCAUGUGGGACACCCCAUUGGAGCACAUGUCCUGUGUUUGGCAUCCCAUAGGGCACACCUUGCAAGGCCAUGCCCUGGCAGCUCACUGAGGACAGUGUGUGACACCCAAGCGAUGACAAACUGCAAAGGGCAACCCAACGGGGACUGUUUGCAUCGCUUCAUGUGUAACACAUUACUGGGGACCCCAAGGUGCCACCACGCAUUUGGGUACGAUUGCCACAUGAGGAGGUGACAUCACAGCAUCCUGUCCCCAAAGGGGAACUGACACCAGCUCACCAGCCGCUUCCUGUUCUUGCUGCAGUCUCGCUGUCCCCAAGCUGCUCCUGCCUCAUGGCAACAACGGCGUUGGCCUUCAUCCUGGGUUGGUGUCUGGUGGCAGCGAUCAGGGCACAGCAGCUGCCCCGACCCUCCCUGUCACUGCAUCCCAGCCAGGGGGUGUCCCUGGGGGACAGUGUCACCCUGUGGUGCCACCUGCCCAGGCCGGCUGCCUGGGUCUGGCUGUACCAGGAAGGAGGUUGGACAUACAGCAAGGGCAAGAACAAGGAGCAGGAUGCAGCUGAGUUCUCCUUCGUUAGCACAAAGCAGGAACACGCAGGUACAUAUCGGUGCCAGUACCGUGUGUCUGAGUCAGCGGAGAUAUCAGAGAAGAGUGAUCCCAUGGAGCUGGUGGUGACAGGUGAGGGCACUGGGGACAGCGGAUGGAUCUGGGUGCUCCCAACAGAACCGUGUCCCAUUGCUGUCCCAUCUCCUCAUGCAGAUCACAGCUUCCCACCACCUGGCAUCUCCCUUCACCCCAAGAAAGAAGUGGGGACAGGGACCAAUGUCACCAUCCGCUGCUGGAACUUGUACCAUGGGGCCACGUUCCUGCACAAGGAUGGACACUCAGCUCCAGUCCAGCACCAGGACCCUGAUAAUGGGGGCACAGCCACCUUCACCCUCACUGGGGUGACCCCAUCUGACAGCGGCACCUAUAGGUGCUCCUACCACCCCUGGGGAUAUUCCUUUCUGUCCUCACCCCUCGGGAACAGUGUGACACUGGAGGUGACACCCAAACCUGCACCCCCAGGUGCUGCAGUUAUUUCCCAUGGGAACCUGAUGGUGGCAGUGGCUGCGGGCUGCACUGCUGCCUUUGUCUUCAUCCUCAUCCUUGUCGUCGUCUUCCUCCUCGCUGCCCGCAGACAUCGGACAUGGAGAGAUGAGAGCCCUGGUGCCCCCACAAAAAAUCCCGAGGCCAUGGAUUUCCAGGACCAUCCUCCUCAAGAUCACGAACUCAACCAGGGCACGGUCACUACAGCUCGGAGUGCCUCCCAUCUUAAUUACUUUAAUGAGCUCCUCUGCAUCGGUGACCACCAGAUCCAGAUCCUCUCCUGCUGCAGCGAGUGAAUCAGAGAAUAUCCCAAAAGUAAAACACAGGUUGCAGUGUGAUGCUGUAAAUGCCAAGUGUUUUACAUCCUGCACCAUUCUCCCUGAGGGAGAAGAACUCUCCCAUGCCUGCUGGCAAGCACUUGAACAAGUCUGCUCCCUCCGGACGGAGCUAAGAGAUACCCUCCCUGGAAAAUCCUGACUGGGAGCUGCUCACUGAUGGAAGAGCUUCGUAGCAAAGGAAGGAGGAAUAGAAGCAAGACCCGUGCCAGCCAAUGCUUUGGCCCAGAAAGCUGAGCGAACCAUAAAAUAUUAGGAUUACUGAAUGAAAGCGGAGCUCAUAUUUACACUGACUCAAAACGUGCCAUCAGAGAGAUGAGUACCCGUGGAGCCGCUUGGAAAGGAAGAGGGCUGCAGUCCUCUCAAGGAAAUCCUGUCAGCCGCAGCGGAGUAGUCACGACACGACGCGACGCAUCUACCCCACCAAGAGGCGGCGAUGCACUACCGACAGGCACCAGCAGGGGGCGCAGCGAUGCCAGCAAAGGAAAUGAAGAGCGGACGAAGCCGCCACGUGCUCGCACCGUCACGUGCGCACGGGAGACGGCCACGCACGCGCACACGACCGUCGGGUUGUGUCCUUCGCCUUCUUGGCGGCCAUCGUUGCUGUUUGGUCGCUCGAGGCUGCGAGCUCCGGACAAGCGCUCACCCCCCCCCCCAUCCCGUUUCCAGCGCUGUGGGCUGACGCUGGAGCUCCUCAGAGCAUCAGACCCAUCCAGCCCCCCGAAUCUCGUCCUUUCUCUUCAUUGCUCCGCUUUCUCUUUUCACUCUUUUUCUCCCGUACGAUUGUUAAGUAACUGCAGGACUUCAGCCUCGUGGAAGCCGUCUCGGCUCCUUGGGGUCCCGUCGUUGAGCUGCGCAGUUUAAGAUCAAUUCUGAGUGUAACCAGUGCCAAUGUUUUGGGGUAAUUGUAGCAUAUAGAUUCUCAUUAAAACUGACGAUUGCGUGCAGACCUCUGUGUGUCGUUACACCUUAAUCUAAUCGGGGUUAAUUGUGAAUGCAGUCGUGGUUCCCCUCCCCUUACGGGCGGGACGCGCAGCUCAGCACCAGGCAGCGUUUCCAUCGCUCCUCUCAGUGGGACCGGGGAGAGAAUCAGGAAAAACCCGUCGAACUGGUAGGUUGAGAUCAAAUCUAUUAAGACAGAAGAGGAAGAGGGAAGUAACAGUAAUUGUGCAUACGUGUGUAGGUAUAGAUUGGUCUCGUCGGGUCAGCUGUCCUCCUGGCUCCGUCUCCUCUCAACCUGCUGACCAUCCCCAGUCUAUCACGGUGUCAUAAAAGAGAAGGGUUUGGUUUGGAAGGGACCUUAAAGAUCAUAGAAUGAACCAUGGACUCUUAGGGCCCCAUCCAACCCGGCCUUGAGAACCUCCAGGGAUGGGGUACCCACUGCAGCACUGCCAGUUCCUCACCACCCUCUGAGUGAAGAAUUUCUUCCUCAUAUCUAACCUAGACCUCCCCUCAUUCAGUUUAAAUCUAUUCUCCCUUGUCCUAUCACUGUCAGACCAUGUAAAAAGUCAGUCCCCCU